GGCCUACGAAAAAGAUCGAUUGUUGUUUGAUGAAAUUGUCGACUUGUGUCUACUUACCUUGAAUUAAAUUUAUUCAACAUAUUUUUGCGACAUGCGGAAGACACACCUAUCCAUCGUUUUCUCUUUAAUCGUGGUGUUCUCUACUUGUUGUUUGACUGUCAAUCAGACUUUUGUGAAUACGAUGAAAACAAAAAUUAAAAUACUUGGUGUCUUCGGUCAUACUGGCAAGAGUCAUUUUGACGUAUUCAAGCCGCUUCUGGAGGAACUAGCUCGAAGAGGUCACGAGCUCACUGUGAUCUCGUAUUUUCCUAGGACCGAUAAUGCCAAGGCGAAAGAGCCACUGCCCAAUUAUAAGGACGUCAGUCUGGUGACCAAAGAUGGUAUCUUCGUAAACGUUAUAGAUCUUCAACAAAUCAAACACGGAUGGUUUCGUCCCAUGCAGGAGCUCUACUUGUUGAAGACCAUGGCAGAUUACGCGUGCAAUGCCGGUCUGCGAAGUUCGAGUGUCAAAAAGUUCCUUCAAUCCGACGAAAAAUUUGACUUAAUUCUCACAGAGAAUUUCAACACCGAUUGUUUUUUGGGUUUUAUUCAUCGCUUUAAGGCGCCAUAUAUGGCCUUAUCAUCGCAUCAAAUUAUGCCGUGGACCAACAGUGACAUGGCUAAUACUGAUAAUCCCAGUUACAUUCCGAUUGUAAUGCUUGGAUUGACUAAACCUCUAGAUUUCUUCAGUCGAAUAAAAAAUACAUUAUGGCUGUUAGUGUCUAAAGUGAUCUACGAAUAUUACUUCCGAUCUGUCGAUCAAGUUGUCGCCAACGAAAUCUUUGGUCCGGAUCUUCCCAAGUUGAAAGAAAUCGCCCUCCAAUCGCAAGCGUUAUUGGUGAAUAUCCACAGUAGCAUUCAUGGCAGCAGGCCUCAGCUGCCGAAUGUGAUAGAAAUUGGUGGACUUCACAUUCCGUCCAGAGUCAAUCCGCUACCAAAGGACGUAGCUGAGUUCCUUGACAGCGCCCAUGAGGGAGUGCUGUAUUUCAAUUUAGGCUCCAUGAUCAAGAUGUCAUCGAUGCCACAGGAGAAGCUGAAUGUUAUAUUAAAGGUGAUUGGCUCCAUACCGCGGAAAGUGAUUUGGAAGUGGGAGACUGAUGAACUACCGCGCAAGCUGGACAACGUUAUGGCCAGAAAGUGGCUGCCUCAGUUCGAUAUAAUGAACCAUCGGAAUGUUAAAUGUUACUUGGGUCAUGGCGGACUUCUCGGUCUCUCGGAGAGUGUUUACGUGGGUCUACCAAUGGUCUUAAUACCGAUAUUCGGUGAUCAGUUUUACAAUUCUGCUGCUGCAGAGAACAGAGGUGCCGCGGUGGUGGUUGCAUAUAACGAUUUAACUGAAGAAACAUUAAAAUAUGCUCUGGACAAAAUUUUUAAUGAUACCAGUUACCAUGAGAAUGCCCAACGGCUUUCGAAAGCUUACCGUGAUCGACCUGCUACGCCAAUGGAGACGGCGAUAUGGUGGACGGAAUACAUCGGCCGGGGCAAUGGCAGAUUUUACUUCCGUAGCGACAGCACAGGUUUAUCCUGGUACCAGCAUCAUCUUAUCGAUAUAAUGCUUGUUUUGAUUAUUGUCUCCAUGAUGUUCUUCUUCCGAUUGAUCAACUUGCUGUUGUCGUUGCUCAGAUUCUUUAAAAGAACAUCUAGAAGUCAGGUCGAAGAGAAGAGAAUGUUGAAGAAGGACAACUGAUUACGUCGUAGCCUUAGACAUAGGCUACAUUUACACCGUACGACUGAUAGCGACCUAUAUCGUGACCCAAAGUAGGUCUAGUCACCAACCGUUUAUACCGAAAGGGACUUAAAAAAUGGUUGGGUCAUAUUUAGUCGACGCUGGUCCGAAUUAGAGCCAUCUAUCGUAUUUUGUACAAAUUAUUUCGAUAUGGACCCAAGAAUCGCUAAACGCAUGCGCAUUAAGUCAUGAAAAAGGCGCUUAUAUCGAGUCGGUUUGAGAGUUUAACCUAAUCUAACUCUCAAAUUCAACAAAACAGCUGUUCGAGCAAAAUGGCUACGAAGCUUCAGGUCGGAUCAAUUGCGAAUUUACACCGAGAAAGCAGACGACCUAUUUUAACAGGUCAGGUCAGGUAUAGUAGUAUUUACCGGGAGCGGCCUAAAUAAUGUGACCUGAAUUAGGUCGAAUUUAGGGUAUAGGCCGCGGAAAAAACGUACGGUGUAAACCAGGCCAUAGGCUACGUUUACACCGUGCGCUUAGUCCG